AUGAAACUGAAGUUUCUUUGCUCCCUGUUAAAAAUAAUUGCCCUCGAAAAUAAGUUCCAUAUCACCAAAGACAUAAUAACUGUAUCUAUCAAGUGCAGCGGAAGGGGGCAUACUUUAUCCAACCAAAGCGCCUGCUUGACGCAGCGAACUGGGUACGAUAAUUUGUAUUUCUGGGAAUCCUUAAACCCUCUGUUCGGAAAAAAAAAUGACCAGUCGCUUUUACAAUUGUGCAUACGAAAUCGAAGACUAAGAAGUGAUGACGAAGAAGAGGAGGAUGAAAAGGGGGAGGAGGAAAGUGGACAGGGGAACGACGACGAAGAUAAUGAUUCCUCCACGGAUUCAAAUUCUUCCGGAUCGAACGACCAGAAUGAUAAUUGGCAAGACAAAAAGGGAUCUAAUAAAAAAAAAAAUUCAAGAAAUCAUUUUUUACGAAAUUUAAAUGUGCACAACCACAAUGGUAAUAACAACGGAUCGAACCAAAACCCAGAAGACGGUGGUGAGGGGCACAAGCACCACAGGGCGAAGAACCAUAAGCAUAAUAAAAAAAACGCGCAAGGCGGAAUGUCUAACGGUGCGAGCAGCGCCAAUGUGAAUAGCAGUGUGAAUGGGGUAAAUAACGUGAAUACGUUAAAUAACAUGAAUGGGGUAAAUAACGUGAAUACGUUAAAUAACAUGAAUGGGGCAAAUAAUGUGAACGCGGUAAAUAACGUGAAUGGGGUAAAUAAUAUGAACGGGGUAAAUAAUGUGAACGGGGUAAAUAAUAUGAACGGGGUAAAUAAUAUGAACGGGGUAAAUAAUGUGAACGGGGUAAAUAAUGUGAACGGGGUAAAUAAUGUGAAUGGAGGGAACAACACGAAUGCGAUAAAUACCGUGAAUGGGGUAAAUACUAUGAAUGGGGUAAAUAACGUGAAUGGAGUAAAUAACGUGAAUACGUUAAAUAACAUGAAUGGAGGAAACAACAUGAAUGGAGGAAACAACAUGAAUGGAGAAAACAACACGAAUGGAGGAAACAACAUGAUAGGGGGAAAUAACAUGAACGGGGUUAAUAACCCUAAUGGAAACAUCCCCAAUGGAAGCAGCAACUUGAGUACAACCGCAGCUGCCGCCCUUGGAGCUGCCUCCGUAGCUGCGGCUAAUGUCAAUAGCACAAAUGUACCCAAUACAAACACAAACGGGUCUCAAAAAAUCACAUCGGACAUGGCCAUGUCUAUCCCCCCUGAAGAUGCAAACACUGUACAGGUUUUUUCAAAAUUAAUGGAAAAUAACGAUAAAUUUAAUACGAGCGAAAUUAUAUGCAGUUCGAUCAACUGCACUCCCCUAACGAAUGACGCCAACGGGAAGGUACCCCUAACCGAUUGCACAAAUGUAACGUAUUGCGGCGGGUGUUCCAUUUUGGCAACGUCAAGAGACCAGUGCAGCAACAUGAAAAGUUUUAACCCAGAUAAUAUCCUCGUAUCAUCGGGUUCUGUUGACUCUGCAAAUCUGAAUAGCCAAAAUAGCUUGGUAGGUGUGCCCUUGCAGUGGGACAAGGUGUUGUUGGACUUUUCCAAGUGCCUCCCUGACGUGAAUAAAUUCCUGCAGGCAUCCAAGGGACUUCCCAAUGCAGAUAAAAGUGAGGCAUACAAGCACCUGUAUAGGCUAGCCAAUUUGCACAUAUACGGAACGAAGCUCACAGAGGAUAACAGCGUGAACGGAUUGAACGUAUCCGUUAGGAUGAACAACGUCAACUCUGAUUCGUUAAAACCAAAUGAGCAAUUUCCGAAUGGAAAUAAUUCCCUUCCCACGUGCCCUUUGAAUGUUGCUAAUUUUAAAACACUUAGCAUUCAUCAGGCGCAGUCCUUCGCCUUUUACCAGCGCCUAUUUAUCCCAGAAAGCAGUAACCUUCUGGACAGCAGAAACUUGAGUGUCGACAUAACCAACGACCAGGGGAACCACGUGGGAAACUACUUUUUCUAUGCCAAAAUUGAAUGCCCGCGGACGGACCCAACUAUAGAAAACUGGCUAAAGCUUCAAGGGACGCAACAAACGAAUGUGUUACAAAGCCUCCAAAACAGCAACGGCGCACAGGUCAACCCCCCUGCAAAUGCGCAACAGCCCAAGAGUGGUAAUUCGCAAGACGAUUCCAAGCAGAAGGGGAGUUCGCAGAAGGGUGGUUCGCACAAGGGGGCCCCGAGCGCGCUUCUCCUUUUCCUACCAAUAAUUAUGUACUUCCUUUUUGUUAAUUAG